AUGCUGGGCCAAGGAGGUACUGGACGUGUCUAUAAAGGGUUCUUAACUGAUUCAGGUCGCAUAAAGCGAAUUUGGGCAAGCUAUGAACAUGCUAAAGAAGUUUUCAUGGCGGAAUUGAAGAUCAUGAGCCAGUUGGAAUGCAGGAAUGUGGUAUCAUUGAUCGGUUGGUGCAUUGAUCAAGGGGAACUCCUUCUUGUCUAUGAUUACAUGUUUAAUGGUAACCUAGACAAGUAUCUCCUUGGGAACAACAGAAUGCACCUCUCGUGGAACCUCAGAUACAAUGUGGUUCUCAGCUUGGCUUCUGCAUUGCUUUAUCUUCAUGAAGAAUCUGGGCAAUGCAUACCCCACCGGGAUGUCAAGUCAGCUAAUGUAAUGUUGGACUUGAAUUUCAAUGCUAAACUUGCUCAGUUUCUAAACCCUCGAUUCAGCUCUCAAACAAUUAAGGUAGUGGGAGCAUUUGGCUACAUAGCACCUGAAUAUUACCAUGAAGGCAGGGCAAGUACAAAAUCUGACAUAUAUAGCUUUGGAAUUGUGGCUUUGGAAAUUGCUAGUGGGAGAAGGAAACAUAAAGAUGAGGAGAGUCAUCUAGGGCUAGUGCCCUGGGUUUGGGAGCUCCAUGGAGCUGGAAAGACUCUAGAUGCAGCUGAUGAGAGAUUGAAUAUGGAUUUCAAUGCUCACGAAAUGGAAGGUUUGUUGAUUGUUGGACUGUAG